CGGUAAACACAACCAACAUGUGGAGCAGAUUGGUCGGCUUCUAGGUUUCUUCUGGUUUUUACAGCUGUGAAAACAGACUUCUGAUUUCUGCAAUCAUGACCAAGCUGACGGUUCUUCUGACUGUUUCCAUUUUGCUGCUUGCUAAUGUGAGACCAAGUAAAGGAAUCGGGCUUCCCCGUCUUUGCUGGACCAACUGGUUCAGCCGGUACGUCCCAGGUGUCGGUGACUUGGAUGAUCUGAGGGACCUGAGGGCAGAAAAUCCUGACCGAAUUUGUAUCCAACCUCUGGAUAUUCAGGCUGUGACUGUUGAUGGAAACGUCCCAGCUGAAAACACAGGGCAGAGAUUCUAUGCCUACAAUACCGUAAAAGGUUUCAUUUGCCUCAACAAGGAUCAGGUGUCUGGUGUGUGCUUCAACUACAAGGUUCGCUUCAGAUGUCCUUGUUUAUCAUAAACGAAUACGGAUGACAACGGAUGACCUGAAACUAAAGGAAUAACCUGAUUUCUCCUGAUUUAGUUUGAUUUGUUCUUUUUCUCUCACUGAAACAUUCGUUAAUGGAGCCCUUCCACAGACGAUAUGAAAGGGAUGAUCUAUUUUUUAACUUUUGGGAAAAAAUCUAAAGAAAUAAAUCAAAUCAAUGAAAAUAAAAAA